AUGCCAUCAUUUGCGGAUAGUUUUUGGUCCGAUGAUAUGACGUCAGGUCUUCAAGUAUUGUUUUACAAAUUAUAUAAUGGUUGUAAUCAAUGUGAUGCUUUUAUUCAAUUGUUUGCCUCAAGAAUGCAAUAUGAGGUUGCUUACGGAAGACAAUUAUGUGGUGUUCAAACAGGGAUAGAUAAAGAACCUGAGGAUCAUUUGGAGACUACAGCUGGUAUUGCAUUACACCACAUUCUGAAAGAGAUGCAGAAUGAAGGUGAUGAACAUUUAAAUAUCGCAUCUAAUAUAGAGAGUCUCGUGUUACAACCGUUUAGUCAAUGGUGUUUAGAUCAUAAAGGUAGAAUUAAAUAUUCUGAGAAGACUCUGAUGGAUAAUGUUAAAAAUCUUACAAAAUCUAAGAGUUAUGUAAGUAAAUUAGAAAGAGAAUAUUUCAAUAAAUGUAAGAAAUUAGAAGAUUUUAAAAGAAUUAAUUUUAUGAAUGACGAUGAGUUGACAAAAGCAAUGAAAUCAUUAGACUUACAAAAACAACAUGAACUUUAUUUAGAAAAUGAAAAAGAAAAUCAAUUAUUUGGAAAAUUAGGUGAUAUUGAAUUCGAUUGUAGAACUUUGAGAGAAACUAUGACUGCACUUUUAAAGGAUUUACCACAUGCUGAAUACAGAUUGCCUUUAAUUAAUUACCCUUUGACAAAUACUAAUACAGGUUAUGAAAUUACUCAUUUCAUCCUGGAGAUCAUGUCUUUUAAAGAUACCGAUCAAGCUGAAAGAUUUGGCCAGGAUUUAUUAGAUUUUGGGUUUUUGAAAUAUGUUAACGGUGUAGGUAAUACUUUUGUCAAUUCAAAGAAAUUUCAAUAUCAAUGGAAGGAUUAUGCAUACAAAUUUGCUAAAUUACCAAAUACUGGAUCUGAAAGCGAUACUAAUAACAAUAGCCAAACUCCUGAAAAUUUACAAGAAAAUAUAUCUCGUAAUUUUAGUAAUUUAACUAGAUACUUUUCAGGGGAUAGUAUAAGUGGUAAUACCACAGCUGUAUUAUCUAACAACACUACAGAUAGUGUCGAUGAUUCAUUCGAUGCAAAAGAAUUAUCAAUUACUUCAUCUGUUACAGAAUCAAAUAAUAACAGUAAGAAAGAAAGUACACCGGUAUCAGAUACUACUGGUGGUUCAAAAAUGAAAGAGAGUAAGGUAGGGUUAGAACCUCCAAAUAUUACCGAUAUCGAAAAAACGUUGCAUGGACUGAUUAAAGAUGUAGAGGCUACUAACCUUCUAUAUUUUAAAGAAUGUAAUAAAAUGGAUACACUUAGAUGCUCUGUGGAGGAAUUAAUGAUUGAUCAUCUUUCAUUUAUAGAAAAAUGUGAAUUAGAUCGUACGAAAGCAAUAAAGAAAGCCACUAUAGAUUUUUGUUCUACAAUCAGUAAUAAAAUAGCUCAAAUGAAGGUUCAUAUUGAGAAGAUGAUUGACGCUGAAGGUUUAAUCGACCCGACUGGCGAUCUGCUAGGUUUGAUAUCCAAAUACAAUACUGGAUUAUUUCAGCCGAAAGUAAUAACGUACAACAAUUAUUACAAUCCUGGUAUAUAUCAAAACUUUGGUAUCGAUUUGGAGACACGUUGUCGUUUAGAUAAACGUGUUGUACCAUUAAUAGUCACUGUAAUCCUAUCCUAUAUGGAUAUGAUGUAUCCAGAUAUGGAAAAUGAUAAAAUAAGAGUUUCGAUCUGGACGCAACCAGUGAAAUUAAGUUUAACACAUCAACUAAGAAAUUUGCUAAAUAAGACUCAAUUCAAAAGUGAUGAAGAUAUAAUGAAAAUAUUAAAAGAAGGUAAUUAUGAACCUAGUACAAUUGCAAGCGUAUUGAAGAUUUAUCUACUUGAAUUACCGGAACCUUUGAUUACCACAGAACUCGCUGAAAUAUUGGGUGUACUAUACAAUGAAUACCCACAAAGUAAUGAUGAUAAGGAAGAAAAUAAUGAAGAAAAGAGAAUAACCGGUAUUUUCACUGCAUUGGCAUCUCUACCUAAGCCACACAUUGCGACGCUUGAUGCUAUUUCUACCCAUUUCUACAGGCUAAUUAAAAUAUUAAGGAUGGCUAAUGCAGAUAACACAUCAGAAGAAAAAUCCAAAGAAGUAGAUAUGCUUGUUUCUACUUUUAUUACUGAUGUAUCAAAGGAAUUUGCUAAUUGCAUUUUACAUGCAAAAAAAUUUGAAGAUAACGAAUUAGGUUACAAAAUAUUUUAUGAUUUACUAACUCACAAGAAGCGUAUAUUCAAGGAAUUGAAGAGACAAAAUUCAUCCGUAAGGUGA